AUGGCUAAGAGGUCAGCUUCUACUGCCUUUGAUACGGAAGAACCUAGUCAAUCAAAAAAAGAAGGAAAGAAGCAUUCUUUAGAUUCUGAUGAAGAAGAUAGUGGCGCAGAAGAAGAAAAGAAUAAUGUCCUUAAUGCUGACGAUAUUGAAGGUGAAGAAGAAGGAGUCGGAGGAAUGGAAGGUGAAAUAACAAUAACCCCAUUUAAUAUGAAAGAAGAACUAGAAGAAGGACACUUUGAUACUCAAGGACAUUACCAUUGGAAAAAAGAAAAAGAAAUCCGUGAUGGAUGGCUGGACAAUAUAGAUUGGGUUAAAGUUAAGGGUCGACCUGAAGAUAAGUAUAAAGUUGAUAAAGAUGGUGAUAAAGAACUUUAUGAGGAUACUGAAAGUGAAGAAGAGGAAUCUGAAGCUAAAUUUAAUAUCAUUGACAAUUAUAAAGAGAUUUUAGAACACAUGAAGCCAAAGGAAACAAUUGCAAAAACAUUACAAAGACUUGGUGCUGGUUUGAAGAUCUCAAGUGCAGAGCGGUGGAAAAGAAAAAAAGCAGGUAUUAUUGAUGAAAGUAGUAAAACAGUUACUAGAAUAACAGAACUUGCCAACCAGAUUCUUACCAAAACUGGUAAUAUGGAUAUUUAUCAGGAAACUUAUGAAAAAAUUAAUUCCAUAAUAAAUAAAGAUAGUAAGAAAAAGCAAGAUGCUGAAUUAGACAUGUAUGCUGAUGACUUUGAUCAGAAGGAAAAGCAGUGCAUAGACAACAAAAACUCAACAUCUGAAAAUAAUGAGGAUAGUGAUGGACCAGAGGAAGUUAAAUGGGAGUUUAAAUGGAAUCAAAAUGAUGACUCUGAGAUUUCUGGUCCCCAUUCAACAGAACAAAUGCAAAAGUGGGCAGCAGAAGGCUAUUUCAAAACUGGUGUAUGGGUUCGAAGACAUGGCAAAGACAGCCAAUUUUAUAGUUCCAACAGAAUGGAUUUUGAACUAUAUAUGUAA